AAGAGGCGAAGGGAAAAGAAAGGCAGGCGGAGGAAGUGUGUGAGUGGAGGGGCUCGUUCGGCCUGGAGUCUGCGUGAAGAGGCUCGCGUCCUUCCUCCCUCCCUCCCUGUUGCCUGUCUCCCCAACAGCCACGGGCACGGCAAAGGAAGGCGGCAGCGGCAAGCGGGUGGGAAGGAGGAAGAGACGCUGGAGCCGCCGCCAGCCUCCUCCUCCUCUCCUAGCGUCGCGGCCCAGUAGGAGGGACCCAGAGGAAACCGCGAGGGUCCAUUCCCGGGUAGGGGGAGACUCGCUGCCACAGCCCAGCCAUGGCCACAAAGGCUCGGGUUAUGUAUGACUUUGCUGCUGAACCUGGAAACAAUGAACUAACAGUUAAUGAAGGAGAAAUCAUCACAAUUACCAAUCCGGAUGUAGGUGGAGGCUGGCUGGAAGGAAAAAACAGUCAAGGAGAACGUGGACUAGUUCCAUCAGAUUAUGUUGAAAUUAUACAUGAAGGUACCAAAGAUGGAAUCUCUGUAGCUGACCAAGCCUUUUUUGAUUGUCUCUCCUCAACUACUGCACAGAUCAACUCACAGGUUGCAAAAAACAAUAGCCAAGCUAGCAGUGCAAAUGACCCCUGGUCAAGCUGGGAUAAUACAACUGGUGAUAGCUGGGCAGUGAAACCAGAAACUAGACAAAAAAACAGCUCUUCAAACAACUGGGAUGCAGCAGCUUUUGGUCAUCCACAGGCUUAUCAAGGUCCAGCGGCUGCUGAUGAUGAUGACUGGGAUGAUGACUGGGAUGACCCCAAAUCUACACCUUCGUCCUACCUUGGUUAUAAAGAUCCAGAGACAUCAGAUCCAGCAGGGCUUCAGCGUGGGAAUAGUCGUGGAGCUGCUAUGAAAAUACCACUGAACAAAUUUCCUGGAUUUGCAAAACCUGGAGUGGAACAGUAUCUGUUGGCAAAGCAGCUAGUAAAACCCAAAGAGAAAAUUCCCAUAAUUAUUGGAGAUUAUGGUCCAAUGUGGGUUUAUCCUACCUCUACGUUUGACUGUGUUGUGGCUGAUCCAAAAAAAGGUUCUAAAAUGUAUGGUCUGAAGAGCUACAUAGAGUAUCAGCUUACAUGUACAAACACUAAUCGAUCUGUCAACCACAGAUAUAAACACUUUGACUGGCUAUAUGAGCGUCUUUUGAUUAAGUUUGGAUCAGCCAUUCCAAUUCCAUCUCUUCCAGACAAACAAGUUACAGGACGUUUUGAGGAAGAAUUCAUUAAAAUGAGAAUGGAAAGGUUACAAGCUUGGAUGACUAGGAUGUGUCGCCAUCCAGUUGUUUCUGAAAGUGAAGUUUUUCAGCAGUUCCUCAGUUUCCGUGAUGAAAAGGAAUGGAAAACAGGUAAAAGAAAAGCAGAGAAAGAUGAGAUUGUUGGUGUUAUGGUCUUUUCUACUAUGGAACCAGAAGCUCCUGACUUGGAUAUGAUAGAAAUUGAACAGAAAUGCGAUGCAGUUGGCAGGUUCACAAAAGCCAUGGAUGAUGGAGUUAAGGAGUUGCUAACAGUUGGGCACGAACACUGGAAGCGUUGUACAGGACCAUUACCCAAGGAAUAUCAGAAAAUAGGAAAAGCUUUACAGAGUUUAGCACUGGUCUUCAGUACCAGUGGUUACCAAGGAGAGUCUGACCUUAAUGAAGCAAUAACAGAAGCUGGAAAAACAUAUGAAGAAAUUGCCAGUCUUGUGGCAGAACAGCCAAAGAAAGAUCUUCACUUUCUGAUGGAAACCAAUCACGAAUAUAAAGGAUUUCUUGGCUGCUUCCCAGAUAUUAUAGGUGCUCACAAGGGAGCCAUAGAAAAAGUGAAGGAAAGUGAUAAACUAGUUGCUACCAGUAAAAUAACACCACAGGACAAACAAACUAUGCAGAAGCGUGCAAGCACCAUGUCUUAUGCACUGCAAGCUGAGAUGAAUCACUUUCACAGUAACCGCAUUUAUGAUUACAAUAGUGUGAUCCGCUUAUAUCUGGAGCAGCAGGCACAGUUCUAUGAAACGAUUGCAGAAAAGCUGAGGCAGGCCCUCAGUCGCUUUCCAGUAAUGUAGAAACGGAGAAAAAUAAUGAAGAAUAACUCCAAAGUGCUUUCUUGAAGGCGGGGGCAGGGGGGGGGUGGAUGUGAAUUUUUUAAAAAUGUACUAAAUCUUUGACAUCCAAAAACCUUUGUAAAAUACAAGAUGCAAAAAAUAACAACAUCAAAUGUUUACUUUGCUAGCCUAAAUGCCUUGGAUAUUUAUGUAUAUUUUUAUCUUGAAUGCUUUCCCGAACUAUCAAUUACCUAAGCAAAACUGAGGAGUUCUUUACAUAAUAGGGAUUUCACUUGUCAAAUAGUUUAUUGCCAGGAGUGACAGAAAGGUUCAUAGUGUUGAAUGCUUCAGAGCAUUGGCUCCUGACCAGAUAGUCCUUAAGAGAGAGAGAAAUUUUGGAAUAAAAAUCUGUAAAUUCAGAUCUCUCUAUCUUGCUGUUUUGUGGCAUCUCAGUAUAUUCUUUGGUUAACUAUGUGUUGUUGAGAACAAAGGUUUCUCUCUUCUUUGGUAUAGCUAUGGUAUAAUCUCUGUAGUAAAAUUGCAGACACACACUUUCCCCAAGUGUCUUUUAAUAUCCUCUUUGUACCAAAAUGCCUCAGAUCUGAAGGGUGGGUUAUUUUCCUUCCUAUCUAUGUGAAGAAGAGAGUUUAAAUAGAGAAAGCCAAACGUGGAAACUGUUGUUCCAACUUUUUAUGAACAUGCAGUUUGUUACUUCCAAAUGGUAACCAGUCCUGUGUAUUGGGGCCUUUCUUCUCUUCAUUUUCAGUGUGCACUAUAGAAUUAAUAACCAGUCCCAUCACUACUGACAUGAUGGGAAAUCGCCAAAUCCCUGGUGUUCUUUUGAUCCUUGUAUAAAACAGUUAAGUGUAUUUUCCAGAGGAAAAUUGAGAACUCUCAGUUAUCAAACACAGUGUGAGUUUACAUGGGAAAAACUUGUUUCAAACAGAACUAUUAUUAAAAUGAUAGAAGCUGGGCAAGGGUGUCAAAAUCCGUUUUUGUAUAUUGACAAUAGGUCAUUAAAGGCCUGAUCUAUAGGAAAACUGGCUGAAAUAAAGUAGGAGCAUUGCCACAAACAGACCAUAGUGCCAAAUGCAGUGUUCUCUAGAAUUAAUUCAAAGGAAAGCAAUUGAAAUAAUAUAUUAUUUUACCCAUCAAACCAUUCUAAUGAGUACAUUCUGCAGGCUAUGUUAAUUUGUAUGACACUGUCACUAUGAUGCAAUUUUUAGAAUAAUAGUGAAUCUCAGUUUAUGGAGGUAAUGAAAAAAACAGCCAUCCCAGAAUGUAAGUGUCAUAUGCAUUAGAACGGCUCAGAUGUUCUUCGUUGUCACAUUUUUUAUUUGUCUAUGUGCUUUCUUUUUCUCUUAAUUUAGCUGGUCUUCUGAAAUUCCACAGUGUUAUAAUACAGCCUUCAAAAUAUAUGUACAAAUUGUAAAAAAUAUGUAUAAAUGUUUUAUGCCAAAUGUAAUAAGAUCUAUCUUGCAUGUAGAAGCAAUUUAUGAAAUGGUUGCAAAAUGUAUUGUAAAUUCUAAAGCACUUUUUCACAGCAUCAUUUUUUUCAGCAUUUGUAUAUUCACUUUUUAGGAUCAAAAUCUUUGUAACUGGUUUUUCAAGGAUAUCUUUUUUACCAAAAUUUGCAUUAAUCCUGAUGCCCUAGGAGUUGCAGAAACAGCAUUUUUGACAAACAAUUUGGUAAUAAAAGAGAAUUGCAGCUUUGCUGUGGAAAAGCCAUGUGUGCAGCAAGAUCACUUGGAACAGGCCAAUCUGUAACUUUAUAGCAAAUUAAGUUCUUAGAUUGAUAAUAAAUAUUUAUACUUACGCGCUUUUGUUUUUGAAGGAUGGUAAAUUUAUUCUCAGGUAAAAUUUUAUGUUUGCAAAUA